GCUUCAAUGUCAAUUUAAUGUCAUGUCAAUUCAAAAAAACUAAAAAAACACCAAAAAUGUUUUAAAUUCCGGCAUAAUCUCUAUGUACAUACUGUAAAUAAAUAAAUAAUUCAAACAAAAAAUGAGUAAGAUAUCAGUCAAGGGCGGUAGUGAAACAGAGGUGAAAAGUUUCGAAGACGACUCUACAACACCGGAUUUUAUAUAUGGGGGGCCUUUUGUGAAGUUGGAGAAGGCAUGCCCACUGCUGGACACGGCUACUCCCAUAAAUUUGCAAUUACAAGGCACCUUUAAAAAGAGUUUUGCGUAUUAUUCUCUGAAGGAAAGAUUGCCGAUUAUCUUGACGAAAGUCAUAGAUUAUUGCUCGAGGGAAGGACAGAAAAUCCGCUCUGCGAAUAGUGCCUCAGACGAAGACGUCCGAAACUUCAUCCAAUACGUAACCAAGCUGAAAAACGACCUAAUGACCAACAAGAAGUAUGACCUCCUCACAGUUGACACGCCUGAAGCUAAGCGCUGGAACGAAUGGAUACUGAACGCUGAUAACUCGUACUACUUCACUAAUACUUGGGUGUUCACUGAAUGCUAUGUGUACCGGAGGCUAAGGGAAGGAUGUGAGCUACAGAAAGGCCUCCAGAACUUCGAUCCCUUCGACGAGCAGAAGGAAAAGGCUUUUGCUGGAGGAAUGGAACCCAUGUGCAUAGUGGCCGAGAAACUGGUCACCAUGCUGCCUGAGAGCGACAAGGACAAAAGGAAGGCUGACUUCAUCACGCUGCUCAAGAUUUGUCUAUGGGCGAACAAGUGCGACCUCUCGUUGUCUAUGGGCGAGCAAGUCAACCUGAAAGGCGAGGCCAAGACCGAAGCCGGUAGCCCCGACAAGUCUAAAACGUCUGUGGUCGAUACCGCUGUGAUGGACCCGUUCCAGAUGAUCAUAGACUAUAAGGAUAAGAUAUUGGUGGAUGAUUCUGGCAAAGCAGUCGACCAAGUGAUAGCAAAGGCAGAGGCUAUCGCAAAAGCAAUUGAAGGGCCCAAGCCAGCUGAAGCGUCCCCGUCCAAAGCGGCCGUGGCGGAGCCCGAGGGCGAAGACGAAGCGCCGAAGAUACCCUGCCCCGCCAAGAUGGUCAUACCGCAGUCGGUUAUGUUCGAUAUCGUCUGUGACAACGCUGGGUACGAGUUAUUUGCAGACCUAUGCCUGGCGCACUUUUUGGUGUCGCAGAAAAUAGUUCAGAAGGUCCGAUUCCACGUCAAAAAAAUACCUUGGUUCGUCUCUGACGUCACUCCAAGAGAUUUCAAGAACACCAUAGAGAAAUGUAGAUCGGCUAGUUAUAAAAGAGAAGUGCAACAGGAAACAAAAGCAGAGCCUACCGCGGAGGGCGAAGCCCCGCCACCGGAGCCUCCGCGGGUCAUAGCGGCCGACAGCCUCCAUACCAUAGCCGACCAGUGGGCGGCUUACGUCGACGACGGGACUUUUGUGGUCUUGAGUGACGACUUCUGGACAUCCCCUCACACGUACAAAGACAUGAAAAAGUACGACUACAACUUGUACCGGAAGCUGCAGUACGCGGCGGCCAUUUUGUUCAAAGGCGACCUCAACUACCGGAAGUUGCUGGGCGAGAGGAACUGCAACCCAGUGCUGGGAUUCGAACCUUCGUUGCAAGGCUUCAUCCCAGCGCCAAUCAUAGCAGUGCGCACAGUGAAAGCGGACCUCAUCUGUGGCCUGCCCAAAGGCAGGUGGGAGCAACUCAACAAGAUCGACGAGCAAUGGAUGCAGAAAGGCGAUUACGGUGUGAUCCAAUUCUGCGCGAAGGCUGAACCUCUAAAGGUGGCCGACAGACCGUGUCUCGACUACGGAGAAGUUUGCUUCGGCGCCGGCUGCCCGGUCCAUACUGAUCUAUGAUCCUAGACUUACCCAGCCAUAGACAACAAUUAUAAACACGGAUUUAUAAUCAUAGACAAUGUUACAAGGACUGAAAGCCAUAGACUAGAUUUAUUCAUCGCGGACAGCCAAGCCGAAAGUGUUUCGCAACCUGCUAUCAUAGACAACCAGCUGCCUGCUUCUCAUUCAUCUAUGAUUGCCUACUAACAACGUACAAACGACCAAAGAACAAUGUAAGUCUUCGUCACCCCCAUAACAGCCAUAGACUACAGUCAUAUGCCGUCGGUUGCCCAGACAACGCGGAUCUAUGAUAAUAGAUAAUACAAAACGUUCGUAGAACACUAUUCAUUAUAAGUACGACGCCAUUCUUGUCAUAGUCAAUUUAGAUAGAAUAAUGUUUUUUAAAGAUUUCACACUAUUGCCUUGUGAUUUGAAAUUCACAUUAAAACUUGCAUUUUCUAUUUGUAAUUUAAUAUAAUAAUCUAAUAUUGGUGUAUUCGGCGGUUUUCUUACAAUUUAGGGUUUGUGCAAUCCUUAAAGGUAUUCAACUUUACUUCCCAUAGGUCCUAAGUAUACCUUUAUUCCGUUGAUUGAAGUCAUAAAGUUGGAAAUAAGUUAAAUUAUUAUUACUGAAUUUAAACCAUAGUUGUGAUAAGAUAUAGUUACCCUAAUUACUUACUCAUUUUUUGUUAUGAAUUUUUAAACGAACGUUAACUAUUUCUUGAUAAAAAAUGAAAGCAACUGCGUUUGCACAAUCAAUCCAUAGUUUAUACAAAUCUAACCCAUACCAUUUUUUUUACUGUUACGCAAUAAAGUUUUCAAAAUAA